AUGCUGACCAUCUUGUGGCUGCUUAGCCUUUUUCUGCCUGCUUCCUGUGCCCAGCUAUUAGUCACCUGUGCCUAUAAGAGUCUCUGCCAGCAGGCCCUGCUCUCGGGCAAUGAUGUUGUCCUGCAGUGUGACCAUCUCCAGGCGUACUGGUACUUUUCUUCCUUUCAGGGGGAAGAUCCCUUUUUGGUCUCCUCACUGCCUAACAUAAAGAAACUGCCUGGGGGCAGCCUCCAACUGAACAAACCUCAGCCCUCCCAGACAGGCCUCUAUCGCUGUGAGGACAAUAACACAGCCCUUGUGGUAGAAUAUGAGAUAGACUUCCAAGAUGUCACCAUGCUACAUAUUACCCACAAAGGACUAGGCCAAAACCCUCUGCAGAAUCAGAGCCUGAGUCUGGGUAGAGAGGAGAUGAUCUUCACCCACUGGGAGCCCUGGCAGGACUGUAACCGCUGUGGGGUGCCAGGUGAACGCAAACGCCUGGGGUACUGCUACAUCCAAGAGUCCCUGGAAAACCCAAUGCCCUGCUGGCUCUAUCUGGGAGAUGAGAAGGUGUGGUCCAGCCGCUUGAGGCCUGAGAUGCAGGUGGAAGCCUGCCUUGUACCUUGCAACGAGAGCGAGGAGCUCAUCCAGCCCUUCUUCACCUCUGACAUUUCCAAGUUGGGCCAGUCAACCAACAACGUUCAGCUCACCUGCCCCUUGGCCUCCAUCUACAGGUGA